UUUUGAUUGAGCAGCUGUCUGUUUUCCGAUCAAACUUUCUCAUCCUUUCUUUCAACGUCGUUCUAUCUCUGUUCUUGUCUAAGAAACCUAGGUUUCCAGCGCAAUAUCGGCUAGAAUCGGCCUAAUUCAACCUGAUUUCGCGCGUAACUUUAACCAAUAAAUCGCUCUUAUUCUCCCUCAUCCGGAUAUCUCUCUUCUUCUCUAUCUUCGGCGACAUCUGACAAAUUUCCGGCCGCCUUCCUCAUCUUUCUCCCUCUCCCCCUUGCGUUUACUCCAGGCAAACCUGCGGCGGAAAGACCGAUUCACCCGGUUGCCUAUCCGCCAAUAGAAGCUUCUGGUCCACAACCUUUCAUCUUGUAUAUAGGCGAGGCUUCAAUUCUCAUCUUCCCUGUUAAAUUUGUUUUUAGACACAUCGAUACCGAACUGCUGUCAGAAAGAGAAAGAGGGAAUCCUUUUGUGACGAAUCAAGAACCGGCAUUCUUAAUUGAUUGAUAAGUUUUUUUGACUGGGGGAAAAGAAAGCCUGCAAAGAUGGUGUUGGCACAGUUGGGAGGGAGCAUCUCCCGAGCUAUACAGCAGAUGAGCAAUGCCACCAUCAUUGAUGAGAAGGCAUUGAACGAGUGUCUGAAUGAGAUCACUCGUGCUCUGCUGCAAGCGGAUGUGCAGUUCAAGCUCGUCAAGGAUAUGCAAACCAAUAUUAAGAAGAUAGUCAAUCUUGACGAUCUUGCUGCUGGUCACAACAAGCGGAGGAUCAUCCAACAGGCGAUAUUCAACGAGCUCUGCAAAAUGUUGGAUCCUGGGAAGCCAUCUUUCACUCCAAAGAAAGGGAAAACGAGUGUAGUCAUGUUUGUUGGUUUACAAGGUUCCGGGAAAACUACUACAUGUACAAAAUAUGCAUAUUAUCAUCAGAAAAAGGGCUGGAAGCCCGCUUUAGUUUGUGCGGAUACAUUUAGAGCUGGUGCUUUUGAUCAGCUGAAGCAGAAUGCGACCAAAGCUAAGAUUCCAUUCUAUGGAAGCUACAUGGAAUCUGAUCCUGUAAAGAUUGCUGAGGAAGGUGUUGAAAGGUUCAAGAAGGAGAAUUGUGAUCUUAUAAUAGUUGAUACUAGUGGUCGUCAUAAACAGGAAGCUGCCCUAUUUGAAGAAAUGCGUCAAGUUUCUGAAGCCACGAAACCAGACCUUGUCAUAUUUGUCAUGGAUAGCAGCAUAGGUCAAGCUGCAUUUGAUCAGGCCCAAGCAUUUAAGCAAAGUGUUUCUGUUGGAGCUGUGAUAAUUACUAAAAUGGAUGGUCAUGCAAGAGGUGGUGGUGCUCUUAGUGCUGUUGCUGCAACAAAGAGCCCUGUCAUCUUUAUUGGAACAGGAGAGCACAUGGAUGAAUUUGAAGUAUUUGAUGUAAAGCCAUUUGUUAGUCGUCUUUUAGGCAUGGGUGACUUAUCUGGAUUCAUGGAUAAGAUACAAGAGGUUGUUCCCAUGGAUCAACAGCCCGAACUCCUGCAGAUGCUCUCAGAAGGGACCUUUACUUUAAGGAUUAUGUAUGAACAAUUUCAGAACCUUCUCAAAAUGGGUCCAAUUGGCCAGGUAUUUUCAAUGCUUCCAGGGUUUAGCUCUGAAUUAAUGCCAAAAGGUCGUGAGAAGGAAAGUCAGGCAAAGAUCAAGCGGUAUAUGACCAUGAUGGACUCUAUGACAAAUGAAGGCAAGUGGCAGCUGGACAGCACAAAUCCAAAGCUGAUGAACGAGUCGCGGGUGAUGAGGAUAGCAAGAGGGUCUGGGCGUCCCGUUAGAGACGUUAUGGAGAUGUUGGACGAGUACAAACGACUUGCCAAGGUUUGGAGCAAAAUGAAAGGGCUGAAGAUCCCGAAGAAGGGGGAGAUGAGCGCAUUGUCGAGGAACAUGAAUGCGCAGCACAUGAGCAAAGUUCUCCCUCCCCAGAUGCUGAAGCAGAUUGGCGGCAUGGGUGGCCUGCAAAGUCUGAUGAAGCAAAUGGGCGGCGGGAAGGACAUGAAGGACAUGAUGGGAAUGCUUGGAGUUGGAGGUGGAGGCGACAGUUGAAAACAUUGGAUCUGAGCGGGCGUAGAUAACUUACAAUUUGGGCUUUUAGUAGCAUUUGCAAUAUGGGCUUCUAAAGAGGUCGGACCACGAGCAAGACCAGGACCUGGACCUGGGAUAUUUGGAGGGGGAAUGGACGCCUUCGGGGAUGUAGUCUAUCGGCCAUUACAUCGUAUGUGUAUGGAGUAUGGACGAGGUGGUUGUGGUUGGGGUGAGCGGUGAGUGGUUUUAUGUGGAUGUGGAUUUGGAUGGGUUUGGAUUCAUCAACGAAUUUGGAUGGAUUUGGAAUCACCCACUUCGUGGUGGGUGAAGAAGAAAAUGACGUACAUCUACCCACGUAUUACAUGUGGGUUGGGUUGAGUGAUUGUUGAUGAUGAGUGGUUGGGUGGAUUUGGUGGGUUUACAAAAUAUAUUCUAUACGAUUAUAUAAUUUAAAUAGUUGUAAACUUAAAAUGAAAGAAUUUUCAAACUAAAUAAUAGGAUUAAAUCAUAUCAAUAAUUUAUAUUACAAUA